AAGAAGGAGAGCGGGACGAAAGAAGCGGUUGCUAUGGCCGACAUGUUUCCAUGUCAACAAUAAAUGGACCAAGCUUCUCCUGAUAAACUAGCCAGAGAAGGAGAGGGGAAUGGCAGAGACAACAGAGAGCAAGAAGGAGGAGGCUGAUUACAAGAGGCUCCACAGCUUCCCACUCAUCAGGCACACAGACAUGCCAGAGGAGAUGAGAGUGGAAACAAUGGAACUGUGUGUCACAGCCUGUGAGAAGUUUGCCACCAACAAUGAGAAUGCGGCGAAGAUGAUCAAGGAGUCGAUGGAUAAAAAGUUUGGCAGCUCGUGGCACGUGGUGAUCGGGGAGGGCUUUGGCUUCGAGGUGACACACGAGGUCAAGAACCUGUUGUACAUGUUCUUUGGAGGCAGCCUGGCCGUGUGUGUGUGGAAGUGCGCUUAGCACACACACAGGCGCACACACAAAACACACACAGGCUACACACACACACACCCCUCCCAUCCAGUCUGUCUCUACCUAACGAGUGUGUUUAUAUAUUUAUAUACACAUCCUGGAUGAUUCACCCAUCUCUGAGCUAUGCAGUCUUUUUCUUUGUCAUUUACUGAUCGUGUGUGUGUGUGUGUGUGUGUGUGUGUGUGUGUGUGUGUGUGUGUGUGUGUGUGUGUGUGUGUGUGUGUGUGUGUGUGUGUGUGUGUGUGUGUGUGUUGUGUGUGUGUAUACACAUGUGUUUGCGAGCGUGUGUGAUGUCCCUUACGUCAUUGAUUGAUUAGGCUAAGUCACUCUUGAUGUAUUGUAUUCAAUAUCAGCAUGUCACACUCUUGCCUUGUGUGUGCACCUACAGUAUGAAAAUGACCAAGUCUUAUCUGUAUACAGAUGUGAUAGUUUCUACAGAACAGUGAGUUCACUGCAUGAAGGAGUCGGGUGUCUCUCCUACUAUCCUACUGACGUAAUUCAGUGGGGCUGAAACACUUGCACUCUCUUUCCCUAUUGCUUUCUGCUCUACUUCUUUAACUCGAGGCGGCGUACGUGUUCUCAUCAUCUCCUCAUGCUCACCUUUUGAAGAAAAAAAUGUGUCCAGCUCCAUGUCUUUCCUCCACACCGCCUGUACGUUGGCACACUGUCGUCUCGGUGGGCUGCCAUGCCAUCUGCUGAAAAACAUCCUUACACAAGCACGCACUCUCUCUCAGUCUCUCUUAUUGCUCUCAAUUCACACUAUCUCUGUUUCUCUAAUCCUCUCUCUAGAUUCCUGUUGCUCUCAAUUCACACUAUCUCUGUUUCUCUAAUCCUCUAGAUUCUUGUUGCUCUCAAUUCACACUAUCUCUGUUUCUCUAAUCCUCUCUCUAGAUUCUUGUUGCUCUCAAUUCACACUAUCUCUGUUUCUCCAAUCCUCUCUUGAUAUUUUUUUUUUAAUCUCCGUCUUUAGUAGUAUAGCUUUAGUCCUCACCUUUCAGACAUGAGUCCCAUAAGCCACCCUUGUCUGUCUCUACUCCUCCUAUAACUGAUAAGAUAGCACAGGGACUUUUAUAUCCUCUCAAUGUACAGUAAAUACUUGAAUUUGAAUGUGAAGAUGGAAUCUGAUUUUGUAUAUGAUCCUCAUGGGCUUUUUAUGAAAGAGCUUGUUGUUGAAAUAGUUAUUUUCUGUCACACCACUGUUAUAAGAAUGUCAUGGAUAGGUGUCGUUGUUCUGAAUUUGUACCACAACUGAUGAUAUUACAUGAGCUAUUCUGACUCUCUAGGCCUAGGCAUUGCAUUUCAAUGAAUAUCAACUAGGCAUGCAGUCUCAUUGCCACAUAGAAACCUUUAUGUUGUCAACUGUGGAUGUCACCAGGUACCAUAACACUGAUGCGUUGUAUUGUUGUUUUCACUUCACAACACUGUGUGUUUGCAUAAAUUCAUUGCACAUCAAAUUAUUCCUGAAAGUGAUUUAAAAAAAUUGAGU